AUGGCACAACGAGGCAAGCGAAUAAACAAAAACGAUAAUGACUUGGCUUCCUGCCCGGCCGCGGUUAAAAGACGCAAAUGCAAAUUGGGCCCAACAGCCGCGGGUACAUCGUCUGUGGUAUCAACUAUUGGGCCCUCCGAAGAGGAAGAAACGAUGGCGAUUGUACCGUCAAAUGUUGGAGCCAGUGCUACUGGUACUGGUACAACUGGGGCUGGAAGUUUCGGUGCAAGUGCAAGUGCCGGUAGUAGUGCUGCUGGGGUCAGUGGUGCAGGUGCCGGGUCUUCGGGAGCCUCUUGGACUUCUCGGCCGCUUGCUGAUAUCAAAAGUAUAUACAAUCGUGCUACCAACGAAAUUCCCGCUGAGUUAUUUCGUAAAGACUUGAUAAGUGCGAUGAAAUUACCUGACAGUGAACCUCUUAGUCUUAAUGAGUAUUGGGUUAUUACUGAUCAGUGGAAACAGGAGUGGGAACGUGGUGUACAGGUCCCUGUUAAUCCCGAUUCACUUCCAGAGCCUACCGUUACUGUCACCCAGCAAUCGAGUAGUAAUAAACCUCAUGGGGAAUUUAAAUUACCUAAAAAAUUUAUCAGAAUAUCCCGUGAUGAUUCUUUCAAUCCCGAGGAACAUCACUUGAGUACAACUCCAGCGAAGGCUGAAAAAGCUUGUGCUUACGAUCUCGAUGACACUGAUAUCGCUUGGCUGGAGGUAUUAAACGGAGAACGAGCUCAGGCGGGCCAACCGGCGAUAACAGAGCCGCAUCUUGAGCGAGUGAUCGAAGAGCUGGAGGUGCGCUGUUGGGAACGAAUCCAGACAAUAGUAAAAAACGAGGAGGGUCUGGGCAUAGAGUUUGACGAGAACGUAAUAUGUGAUGUGUGCAGAUCCCCGGACUCUGAAGAGAAUAACGAGAUGGUAUUCUGUGAUUGUUGUAAUAUAUGCGUUCACCAAGCAUGCUACGGUAUCACCUCGAUACCGGACGGCUCUUGGCUGUGUCGAACUUGCACUAUAGGUCAACGGCCAGACUGCGUGUUGUGUCCGAACAAAGGUGGUGCAAUGAAAAGUACACGUAGCGGUCAAAAAUGGGCGCACGUAUCAUGUGCGCUGUGGAUCCCCGAGGUAAGCAUCGGUUGUGUCGAGCGUAUGGAGCCAAUCACUAAAAUAUCCAGUAUUCCACAAAGCAGAUGGGCACUUAUUUGCGUGCUGUGUCGUGAGCGCGUAGGUGCUUGCAUUCAAUGCAGCAUAAAGACCUGCAAAACAGCGUACCACGUAACGUGUGCGUUUAAAUCCGGGCUCGAGAUGAAGGCAAUUAUCGAGGACGAGCAAGCAGACGACGGGGUUAAAUUAAGGUCUUACUGUCUCAAGCACGGGAGGAUAAAUAAUAAAGACAAAGUUGGUGUUGGCGGGAGUAAUACUGGUGAUAAAGCUGGCUCGGAUUCUGACGAGCCCGGUGAUACCCGGAACAAACGUAAGCGUAAAGACAUGACAUCUGAGGAAAAAAAUCAGGCACGUGCUGCUAAAUUGCAGGAAAUAGAGGCUGAAUUUGAUAAACACGUUGUAUUAAAAGACAUUACUUGCCAGCAAUUAGACGUUGAUACCGAUGCAAUAACUUAUAUUUAUAAUUAUUGGAAAUUAAAAAGACGUGCUGGUCAUAAUAAACCAUUAUUAGCGCCGCGUUGUGGUGAGCUAUCGAGUGCCGGUGCUCGGGCUCAAGGUCAGGCUGCUGAUCUUGAAAAAAUGCGGACGUUUGUACAAUUAAGGCAAGAUUUAGAGCGUGUUCGUAAUCUUUGUUAUAUGGUUAAUAGACGUGAAAAAUUGGGUAGGUCAUUUUUAAAAUUACGCGAACAAACAUUUCAUAAACAAGCCGCUGUUUUAACUAAUAAUCCAUCAUUACCACCCGCUGUUGUAGCUGCUGUUAUUGAAGCCAACCACGGUCCGUCUAUUUACGAUCGUCUUUAUUCUCACUCGGACGUUGAAGAUCAUACACGUGAUUUUGAUACGAUAUUUGCACGUAUUAGGGGUAUUAAAUCACCAACUCCAGUGUCAAGUGACGAAAAGAAACCUAUGACUGAUUUUAAUGGUGCGUCUAAUAAGAAAUUUUACUUUAAUGGUAAUGUAAGACGAAAAGAUAUUUGCAAUAGUGAAUUAUCCUCUAUGAGUGGUAGUGAGCUUGAUACUGCUAAACCUACUGUUAAAUCAUUAACGUCCGCUACAACUAAAGUUUCUUCUUCCUCCUCUUCUACUAAAAAUUCCUCGAGAAAUAAAAUAGAAACAGAGUCGAGUUCGGAAGAUGAGCCUGUUAAUUCUAAUAAUAAAAAAUCGAUUAAAGUAACUAGACGUAGAACGAAAAAGACAACUAGUAUUGCUAGUCGGCCCAGGCCAGCAGCACUCAAUAGCAGUGAAAGUGAUAAUAAACAGGGUAAUAAUUCUAAUGCAAGAUCUCGAACGUUGGAACAUAUGGAAAAAGAACUUACUGGAAGUGGUAGUGAUAGCGAUGAAUUGUAUUCAUUGAAUAAAAAUACCGGCGGACCUUCUGUAGCUGCUAAUAUUUAUUCUGACACUGAUUCUGAUUCUCAGGAUCGCAGUAGGUCUGUCACUGCGCCUUUUAUCAGUAAAGCUGCUGUUAAACAAUUUUCUGCUGCGGAUAUUUCUAAAAAUACCACAGCUAAGGGCUUUAAUAGAGAUUCUAAGGAUGAAUCCGCAGAAACUAGCAAUAAAGAGAAUGUUAAAGGUAAAAAAAAGGAGAAAGAGUAUAUUCCUUCUGCGUUGAUUGUUCCUCAACGACAGGCAGCUAAAAAAGCUUCUGAAAUAAUGCAGCGCUCGCAGAAUAAAAAGGAAACUCCUUCUGAGCCACUGGAAUCGCAGAUUAAAUCUCCGGUUGAGGAGAAAAAUUUCAAGGUUAAAGAGAAGAGUGUUGUUAAAAAACCCAGGGAUGGUAAAUUACAUCAUAAAGAUUCUAAGAACAAUGAUAUUUAUGAUUUUGAUAAAGAGAAAGAGUUUGGAGAUCCCAGUGAGAUUUUGGCGUAUGUUCCUCAAAGACAAGCGGCUAAAAAGGCGGCUGAGCAUAUUAAAAGCGGAUCGGGAACCAAACCUGCUCCUCCUGUGGACAAUUCUGCUGAUGUCUCAGUAGGUAAGAAUAAAAUUAAGGAGUCUCCAGAGGGGAAAUCAAAGAAGGAGAUUGUUAAGAAGGAAGAACCGAAGAAAUCUCAGCCAGAAAGCAAAACUUCUUCGAGUACUAACAGUGACUCGAGUAGCAGCAAUAGUUGCAGCAGUUCUUCGGACUCUAGCAGCGACUCGGAUGACCAAGAGAUGGUCAAGAGCUCGGUGAGGUCACCGAACAAAAAAGAACAGUCUUCGUCGUCAACUUCCUCCGAGAGCGACACUAGUAAUCGUUCUUCUAAAGUAUUAUCGAGUAGUAAGAGACAAACUGGUAAUAAUAAUAGUAGUGGUAGUAGUGGUAGCAGUAGAACAACUACGGCAACUACGACCAGUGAUGACGCCGCUGAUAGUCAGGAUAAAAAGACAACGGCUGGGCGGAAACUCAAGAAGCUGCCUGACAAGAAGCUUAAAACUUCCGACGGGCGGCAUGGAUCCGAGUUUCCACCGCCGCCUGCUGAGAGAAAAGAAUCAUCAAUUAGAACAACCUCAGUGUCUAAAGAUCCAAACCAAUCAAGGCAGUCAUUUACCAAACAUAAAAAACCAGAUCAAAGAGUGUCGGCUGGUACUGUCUCAGGUAAAAAGUUAUCUCAGCAACAACAACAACAACAACAACAACAACAACAGCAGCAGCAGCAGCAGCAGCAACAGCAACAACACAGGGUCCACCAGCAAGCAACCUCAGUUGCAGUCUCUUCAGGAAAUACCCAAGAUUUGCUCAGUGGGUCCAGAGAUAAUGAUGGGCCGCGAGGUCCUGCUCGGGCCAAGGGUAAAAAGACCACCAGUAGCCAGCCCGUUGGUAAGUCGCAAACGCAAAAUCAGUCUCAGCAACGAGAAUCACACUCGCAGCAGCAGCAGCAGCAGCAGCAGCAGCAACAACAACAACAACAACAGCAACAGCAACAGCAGCAGCAGCAGCAGCAGCAGCAAGCCAGUGGCAAGUGUAGUAAAAAGGAGGAAGAAAUUACGACCCCCACGAAGGUUAAGCCUGAAGCACGCAAACGAAAAUCUAGCGAAGCUACUAAAGAAGACAAAGCUGGUAAAAAUGCGGCUUCGAUCAGGAAGAAUGAUAAGAGGCUGAGUAAUGAUAAAUUGAGUAAAAGUAUAAAUGUUCAUAGCGAAUCUGCUAAUACUGAUGAUACUCGGGAUUCUUCGGAAGAUUUAGCUAAAAUUGAGGGAAAAAGUAUUAGUACGUCUGCUGUUUUGGGGCAAAUAAGUGAGAGUAAGUUGCCGGAGGCGCCUAAAGAGGACCAGAAAAUUAAAAAGGGUAAUAAGAGUCCGGUUCAUUUGUUACUUUUGGAAGAAGAAAUGAAACAGCGAAGAGCUGAAAGGGACAGUCCGAAAAAGUCUUCGAAGAAUUUGGAUAAAUUUUUGGAAAAGAGAGAGCAUCUUGAUAAACUUUUUAAAGCUAAAUCUGAAAAGAAGAUUCCUGAGGUGCAGGAUAAGGAAGUGGAUAAAGUGAGUGAUAGGGAGGAUAGGGUUGUUAUUCAGGAGAGAGAAACGGAAAGGGAUAAGGGAAGGAAGAAUCAUGCUUGUGAAGAGAUUAUUGAAGUAAUACCUAGUGAAAAAAUAGUAGAUCCGCCGAGAAUUGAUGGAGAUAUUGAAUUGGAUGUUACUGAGGUUUGUAGGGUUAGUAAAAAGAACGAAAAUCCUAAUGAGCGACUGGAGCCUUGUAAUUUAGGAGACAAACCAGUUGAAGAAAUCUUUCAAAAAUCACAUCCGGUGUCUCACUCUGACAAGCCUAGAGAAGAUAAAGAGCCUGCGAUUCCCAAAAGGAAAAAGUCUAUCAACAGGUCGAUAUUUUCUCCUCCUCACGGUCAGUCUAAGGACCCGAGUGACUCGGACUUUUUUGAGUUCGGGCAAGCUCUUUUGAACGAGAAGAUAAACGACGAUGAUGGCUUUACAAUUCCUACGGAUCCUGAAGAGCGUCAGCAACACGUGGCCUUUUCAUUUACCAACACCGACGUUUGUAAUAUGUGGCUGAAGGAGGACAGCGCUCGGGAAGAAACUCUUGACCUUGUAAGGUCGCUCAGGAUGAGCAUGAGUAAUAAAUCUAACUCCAGCCAGCAAGACGCCGAGAAUGAUUCUAAUAAUGAUAAUAGUAAAAAAGAGGAUCCAAAGAAGCCGGAAAUUAUUGAAGUUAAUUCUCAGCCGGUUGUUCCAACAAUUGAGUUGAAUUUAAAGGACCAAGAAGCUCUUGAGCCGACGGAGGUGUUGUGCAAAAAUGACUCUAUUGAUGAUAAAAGAAAGCAGAGUUACACCAGCAAUAAUGACAACUUUGGCCCACCUUAUGGUGAUGAAAAUCUAGGCUCUAAAGUUAGCAUUGACGACUGUUCAAAAUUAAACCGCGCUGAAAGCGACGGACGUUGCGUUCCACCAAGUAAUUUGGAUAGUUUUGAUUUGAACGAAGUUCCACAUUUGAACCACUUAAUAGCCAGUCAGAAUCAUAGAUUUGCAAGCCAUCCUUUCACGAAUGUGAAUGACAUUGGCUCGGUGAUGCAUGACACUUCUGAGCUAGUUCACUCUCAAAUUAACACUAUAGAUCAAUACCCGCAGAUUCUCCAGCAGCAACAGCACCAACAGCAUCAACAUCAGUUCUCUCGGAGCCACUUGGAGCAAAUUGACUCCAGGUUGCAAUCGCAACUCCCGAUGAUGAACCAGGGAUUCUUACCAGGACCUAUUGGUGAGAACAUACCAAUGGAGAUGGUCAGCAGGCAUUUAAUGCCCAAUGUAGAAGAAGAUCCCCAGAACAACGACAUAGACCGGGGAUUAGAAAAAGACGACGGGUCCUCUGAUAUGAGACAGGAUUACACUCAGUGCAGCUCGCCGUACAACGACCUUCCUAGUGUGAGACCUGACACCAGGUGGGAAGAGAGCCAGGUUCUUCCUUCCAGAAGGUCAACCUCCUCCUCAAUAACCUCCGCGUCUUCUACGGAAGAGCACGUGGCCAUGCCGCCGUACAAGAACAUGCCCUCGAUGCCGUUUCCUCCUGGAAGCUUGGAGAGUGGUCCUUACCAUCUGUACUCCGAUGGAAACACCUACGCGCCACCUGUGUCGCUGUUUCCACCCCAAAAUUGUCCAACGUCGUUGUCUUAUCCCGCAACAGGCACCGCGAUGUUUGCGACGGCUUUUGGAGCUGCUUUUCCAAGUGGGCAGAAUAUUCUGCCGCAUGUUCCAAAGCCUCUGGAAGACUCUCUUAACAUUCAAGCCUCGCCUUGUACCGCUGCAUUUACUUCCUCGUCUCAUAAUAUGGCGCUCACUGCUGCUAUGGUGUCUCCCACUAAAAUACCCACACCUCCUCCUCCUCCUGUCCAGAAUUUAUUACCUCCUGUUGAACAGGAGCAGCAGCAGCAGCAGCAGCAGCAGGAGCAGAAUGAACAUCAACAAGAACCAACAACCCAAACUCAGGUAGAAUCCCCCGCAGUUUGCACCCCGAUGAUCUUCAUGGACAGGAAUGUCCCUGAAGCUCAGCCAGUUGUCUCUGAAACUGCAGAGACUGUUCCUGAAGACGUUCAGCACCCUGGAGCAACUCCGGGUCAGAAAACCCCGUCGUCGCAGCACGGAAAGAAGAGUCCUUCCAAACCAACGAGAACUUCAGCAAGAGUGACUUCUCUUCAAGGAAAAUCACCCGGAAAAUCUCCCAGGCAAGAGGUCGCUAAAGUUACUGGAACCUCCAGGUCCAGAGGAAGAGGAGGUAAAGGAACCCAGCAGAACAAUCGUGGCAGAGGAAGAGGCAGAGGCAGAGGCAGGGGGAAGAAUAAUCAAAAUGUCUGCUUAACUCCGCUGGUUAAUCUAAGCAGCUCCUUUAUCAGCGACGACUCGAUACAAAAUAAACUCCUGGGGACUGUGUAUGACUUUGACUCUGAUGAAGAUUCAGCUAACGAGACCAACAUCGCGGAUCUUAAGACCAUGCGGGAGAGAAAGAAGUCUACUGAUGUUACCGAGAAACGGGAAAGUUCUCUAGCUUUAGCUUUGGCUAAGGAUAAUGCGCUGCAGAGUUUGUCUAGUCCAACUGUCCAUAAAACAAAGCGAGUUACUGCUUCUCCAUCACCACCUCAGACUCCUCCAGUGUUCUCCAAAGAGUCAGAAGAAAUUUACAACAACGACGCUGUUUUUCCGGUUAUUCCAGGCCCGGUGGACAUGAGGACCUACAAUUCUACCGUAGAAGGUCAAGCUUCUUCUUUGCAUGGUCAAUCUUAUGCCAAUCAUCUGAUUUGUUCCUUCAGCGGCGCUGCGGCGGAUAAUACUCUGCCGGAUAUUGAGGAAGAAUUGAGUGCUUUGCACUCUGACCUUGCUUCCAAGUCAGUUUUUAAUUCUAACGCAGUAGAUCCUAAUGAUCAUAACGUCGAUUUAACGUCAUCAGGAGUCAGUGAUAUCACCAAGAUGUCAUUGAGCGAUUCUAGGAACCAAUUGAAGGUCAAGAUCAAGGGACCAUUUGCUAAUUACGUAGCCUCGACUUCUGUUAACCAAUUGGUGCCUCAAGCGCCGGCUAUUCCUCCAGUCAGUGUCUCAAUGACUUCUGGGACGUCUAAUUUAAGGAGAAUGAGGAAGAAGGAGUUGUUGAGGCAGUAUGUCUCGCAAGAUAUGAACAUGGAGGAUCCUACGGAGAAAAUAACUUCUGUCCCGAUUAUUCAGCCGAUAAAUAGGACUGUAAUUACUAUUCCCAAGGCUGUGGCUUCUAUGACCAGCAUUCCUACUAGAGAAGACUACAAGGCUGUUGUUGAUAUGGUUAAUAUGGAGAAGAAGAGGAGGAAGGAAAGAAGUGGAGGGAUUAAUGAGAUUGAGGAAGACAAUACGGAUAGAAGAAGGCUUGCGGGGACUAGUGCUGAUAGGAGACGUGGUCGGCAACCUAAGCCACCUCCUGCGGCUUCCAAUAGUGGCCCUCCUAAGUUGAAGAUCAAAAUCAGCACUGGAGUCGUUGCUCAGGAUGUUGGUGGUACUGAGGCUAGGAUUAGACCUCCGAAGAAAAGGCUGAGUAAUAUGCAGAACAAACCUAGCAUUGAGGAGCUUAAAAGAGAGAGCAUGAAGUUCAGGAAGAUGAUCAUGGCUGACUUUGCGGAUGAUGAAGCGCCCCAGGAGAAGAGUAAAAAGGAUAAGAAUGGGAAGAAGAGGAAGAAACAGCGGGGGAAAGAGAGCAGGGUUCAGAUUCUUGAUGAGGGAAAUUCUUCUACUACUCCUAAGCUUAUUAUCAAGUUUAAGAAGACUCCUCCUAAUGAGGCUCCUGAAGCUUGUGGGAGUAAUAAUGAACGCGUUACUCAGUCGGAGGAUAAUUUAGACAGUGGGAAGGCUAAAGAUGAUUCAGGGUAUCAGGAUAAUAAUUCUAGCGCUGAAAAAGCUUCUGGUGAUCCUGCAGCUGCUACUAAUUCUCUUGAUGUUAAGUCUGUUAAGGUUACGCCGAUUAGGUUAAAACUUACGCGUUGUCAUGAAGGUUAUGAGCUAAAAGCACCUGCUGGGAGUGUUGAUAGUAAAGCUGGAAAGGAAAAUUCUGUUGAUAAGUUGACUGGAGAAGGAGAUAUUGCGGGGAGAGACAAUGAAAGAGUUGAAGUUGAAAAACAGGAUAAAGAUGAUAAGCCUUCCACAGAGGAUCUUAAUAUUCUCAGUACGGCCAACGCGGCCAGUCAUUCACCCGGUUGUCCGCCUGCACCUCUACCCCAAGGAUGCCAAGUUAGGUGA